AUGCCUUCUUAUUCAUCGUUCCUGGCUCUCUCCGUCCUGCUUCUGCAAGCAACUAGCGCCGCGGUUGCCCAUCCCGCCUUAGACAAGCCGUGGGAAUAUCCGAAUGGUGAAGGGUACGGGAAUGUGGGGAACGUUGAAAUUGGCAACGGCGAUGGGUACGCCCACAGCAAUGAACAUGAAAGUGGUGGUAAAAAUCACUGGGGCGACGGCGGUCGAGGUGCCUGCGGGAAGAAAGGAAAUGGGGGGAGGCCAUGGGACAACUGCGAUGUUGGAUCUUCUUCAACUCGGACUGUCAGCGACUGCACCACCGUCACCAUGACAGAAACUCUCAUCUCGACAACCAGCGAUUGCACCGCCACCACAACAGACCUCACGACGGUGACAGUCAACGGCCCAACAAUCACCGAGACCACGACGACAGCCGGUCCUACUGUGACUGAUACGAUCACUGAGGGCGCAUCCACCGUCACCGAGCCAGGCUCCACCAAGACCGAGACUGUGACCGACACCAUCACUAGUGUUGAGACCACCACGUAUACCCGCUACCAGGUCGCCACGGAAACUGAGACUCUCACUGAGACUCAAACCUUGGAGGUCACCACGACCGUGACAGCCAGCGACUGCUCCGAGACUGGUGGCAGUAACAGCCUCGACUACGGUAGAUGCUCAGACCCGAGCAUCAAGUGGGCGUACGGCCUAGACGGACGUAAUCACUACUCCUUCACGACCAACAAUCAGAUCGACUUCCCUUUCGGAUCCGAUACCAGCAUUAGAAGUGUCACCGGUCUAGUCUGCAACCGUCUCCGAAGCCCGUGCAAUGCACCACAGGCUACCCUGGACCGCUGCGCCGAGGCCGCGAAUGCAGCCAACCGCCUUUCGGGCCAGGAGGCUGCUGAUGUUUGGAACGCCAUGAUGACUUAA